AUGCUCCGCACCUUCUCCUCGCGCAUCCGCACCGCGCCCUCGACGCGCCCGCUCCGCGCCUUCCACACCACUCCCCGCCGCUCCUUCGUUGUCGACCUGACCCGCCGCGCGUCGAUCCCCGACCCGUCCAUCGCCCCGACCGCCAACGAGGACCUCGUCGACAUCUCGUCCCAGUUCAAGCACAUCCAGACCAAGGACGGCACGUCGGCUGCGUCUGACCUCGCCAGGAGGCUCUCGCAGGCUGUCUUGCCCAAGCUCGAGAGGCCCGAUGUCAAGAAAGUCAUGAUUGUCGGCUCCGGAGGUCUUUCGAUCGGCCAGGCCGGAGAGUUCGACUACUCGGGCGCCCAGGCGAUCAAGGCCAUGAAGGAGUCGAACAUCGAGUGCAUCCUCCUCAACCCCAACAUCGCGACCAUCCAGACCUCGCACCAGAUGGCCUCCGAGGUCUACUUCCUCCCCGUCACGGCCGAGUACGUCGCCUACGUCCUCGAGAAGGAGCGCCCCGACGGCAUCCUCCUCACCUUCGGCGGUCAGUCCGCCCUCAACGUCGGCGUCCAGCUCGAGAAGAUGGGUGUCUUCGAGCGUCUUGGCGUCAAGGUCCUCGGCACCCAGAUUCGCACCCUCGAGGUCUCGGAGGACCGCGACCUGUUCGUCAAAGCCUUGAACGAGAUCGGCAUCCCCGCCGCCACCUCGACGGCCGUCUCGACCGUCAAGGACGCCCUCGAGGCCGCCGAGCGCAUCGGCUACCCCGUCAUCCUCCGUUCGGCCUUCUCCCUCGGAGGCCUCGGAUCGGGCUUUGCCGAGAACGAGGAAGAGCUCCGUGACUUGUCGGCCAAGUCGCUCUCGCUCUCGCCUCAGGUCCUCAUCGAGAAGUCGCUCAAGGGAUGGAAGGAGCUCGAGUACGAGGUCGUCCGUGACGCCGCCGACAAUGUCAUCAUCUGCUGCAACAUGGAGAACUUCGACCCGCUCGGCAUCCACACGGGCGACUCGAUCGUCAUCGCGCCGUCGCAGACGCUCUCGGACGACGAGUACCACAUGCUCCGUUCGGCGGCGAUCAAGAUUGUCCGCCACGUCGGCGUCGUCGGCGAGUGCAACGUCCAGUACGCGCUCAACCCGAACAAGCGCGAGUACAUGGUCAUCGAGAUGAACGCGCGUCUGUCGCGUUCGUCGGCUCUCGCGUCCAAGGCGACCGGCUACCCGCUCGCCUACACGGCCGCCAAGAUCGCCCUCGGCCACACGCUCCCGGAGCUCCCCAACGCCGUCACCAAGACGACGACGGCGUGCUUCGAGCCGGCGCUCGACUACCUCGUCACCAAGAUCCCCAAGUGGGACUUGGCCAAGUUCCAGCACGUCAACCGCGAGGUCGGCUCUUCGAUGAAGUCGGUCGGCGAGGUCAUGGCGAUCGGUCGCACGUUUGAGGAGUCGCUCCAGAAGGCCAUCCGCCAGGUCGACCCGCGCUGGACCGGCUUCGAGGCGUACUGGAAGCCCGAGGACCUCGAGCACGCCCUCACCGUCCCGACCGACCGUCGCCUGUUUGCGAUCGCGCACGCCAUGCUCAACCUCGACUACACGGUCGACAUGAUCCACGACCUGACCAAGAUCGACAAGUGGUUCCUCUACAAGCUUGACAACAUUGUCCAGGUCCACCACCAGUUCCGCAAGACCAAGUCGGUUGCCGAGGUCGACGAGGACCUCAUGCGCAAGGCCAAGCGCAUGGGCUUCUCGGACAAGCAGAUUGCCGACCUCAUCGUGCGCGACGGCGGCGAGGCGACCGACGAGUACGCCGUGCGCGCCCACCGCAAGUCGCUCGGCGUCACGCCGUUCGUCAAGCGCAUCGACACGCUCGCGGCCGAGUACCCGGCGCACACCAACUACCUCUACACGACCUACAACGCGUCGUCGCACGACAUCGAGUUUGACGACAAGGGCACGAUGGUCCUCGGCUCGGGCGUCUACCGCAUCGGCUCGUCGGUCGAGUUUGACUGGUGCGCCGUCUCGUGCGUGCGCAAGGUCCGCGAGAUGGGCAAGAAGACGGUCAUGAUCAACUACAACCCGGAGACGGUCUCGACCGACUUUGACGAGGCCGACCGCCUCUACUUUGAGGAGCUCGGCUGGGAGCGCGUCAUGGACAUCUACGAGCUCGAGGGCUCCGAGGGCGUCGUCGUCUCGGUCGGCGGACAGCUCCCGCAGAACAUUGCGCUCCGCCUCAAGCAGACCGGCAUCAACGUCCUCGGUACCGACCCCGAGUCGAUCGACAACGCCGAGGACCGCCACAAGUUCUCGGCCAUCCUCGACAAGUCGGGCGUCGACCAGCCUGCGUGGGUCGAGGCGACGACGGUCGAGUCGGCCAAGCAGUUUGCCAACAAGGUCGGCUACCCGGUUCUCGUCCGCCCGUCGUACGUCCUCUCCGGCGCGGCAAUGAACGUCGUAUGGGACGAGUCGACGCUCGAGCACUCGCUCACCGCCGCCGCUGAGGUCUCGUCCGAGCACCCGACCGUCAUCACCAAGUUCAUCGACGGGGCGCAGGAGAUCGACGUCGACGCCGUCGCGCACAAGGGCGAGCUCCUCAUCCACGCCGUCUCGGAGCACGUCGAGAACGCCGGUGUCCACUCGGGCGACGCGACGCUCGUCCUCCCGCCGUUCUCGCUCGCCGACGACGACAUGGAGCGCCUCAAGGUCAUCGCGCAGAAGGUUGCCAAGGCCUUCGACAUCUCGGGUCCCUUCAACAUGCAGAUCAUCCGCAAGGCCACGCCCGGCGAGGAGACGACGCUCAAGGUCAUCGAGUGCAACCUCCGCGCGUCGCGCUCGUUCCCCUUCGUCUCGAAGGUCCUCGGCGUCAACUUCAUCGACUACGCCACUGCCGCCAUCGUCGGCGAGAACGUGCCUGCGCCCAUCGACGUCAUGAAGGAGAAGCGCGACUACGUCGCAAUCAAGGUUCCCCAGUUCAGUUGGACGCGCUUGGCGGGCGCGGACCCUUACCUCGGAGUCGAGAUGGCCUCGACCGGCGAAGUUGCCGCCUUCGGUACCGACCUCGCCGAGGCGUACUGGGCGUCUCUCGCGUCCACCAACGGCUUCCGCGUUCCCCAGGCCAACUCGGGUGUCCUCCUCGGCGGCGACGUCAACUGCCCCCAGCUCGCCACUGUCGCCAAGGGUCUUUCCGAGCUCGGCUUCAAGCUCUACUGCUCGUCGUCGGUCGUCGAGGAGCACCUCAACGCCCUCCCGCAUGUCAAGGCCGAGAAGAUCUUCUUCCCGCUCAAGGACAAGCGCAAGCUUCGCGAGGUCUUUGACGAGUACGAGAUCCAGAGCGUGAUCAACCUGGCCAAGGCGCGCGGAAAGGACACCGUCGACGAGGAUUACGUCGCCCGCCGCAACGCCGUCGACUUCGGCGUCCCCCUCAUCAACAACCCGCUUCUCGCAGAGCUCUACGUUCAGGCCCUGAGCCGCAAGAUGAAGAAGGGCGAGGUCGGCAAGGCCAACAACUACGAGGAGGGACGGAUUCCCUCGGAAGUCCAGCCCUGGAGCCAGUGGAUCGGCUCGCACGCCUGA